AUGGCGUUCCUGUUCAAAUCCAAAAAGAACCAAGAUCGAGCUCUCUCAAGUCGCGAUGCGAACUCCGGCGGUGGCUCCCAGAGUUCAAUUCAGAGCGCCAGCGCAAGAAUCGCAAGGGAAGAAAAGAACGCUACCCAGCGCUCGACACCCACUGGCAGCGUGAACUCAAUCGAUCACGAUGGAAGCGCUGGAGCUGCAAGCCCCGACCAAGGCUACGGCCGUCAGCGAGGGCUCAGCGUGGAUCAAGGACCGUCGCAGUCAUCUUCCAGCGACCUGCCUCUUCGAAAUGGCCCCCCGGUCUCUCAGCAAAACAUAUCGUCUCAGCAACAACAAAUGAUGAACCCCAAUGCGUCGCUUUACCCUUGGUCACAACGACGGCUGACCUAUACGUCAUCGCACCCGAGCCCCUUUCCCCGAUAUGGCGCCGCUGUCAAUUCGGUUUCGUCCAAGGAAGGUGAUAUUUACGUGAUGGGUGGUCUAAUCAAUAGCUCCACUGUCAAGGGUGACUUGUGGAUGAUCGAGGCCGGGCAGAAUAUGGCUUGUUACCCUCUUGCGACAACCGCCGAGGGACCGGGCCCCAGAGUCGGCCACGCAAGUUUGCUUGUUGGCAACGCUUUCAUCGUUUAUGGUGGUGAUACUAAGGUUGAUGAGACGGAUGUCCUUGAUGAGACGUUGUACCUUCUCAACACUUCUACGAGGCAGUGGUCGAGAGCGCUACCUGCUGGUACAAGACCCUCCGGCCGUUACGGGCAUUCUCUUAAUAUUCUUGGCUCCAAGAUCUAUAUCUUCGGUGGACAGAUUGAGGGCUACUUCAUGAACGACCUCUCUGCCUUCGAUCUGAACCAACUACAAAUGCCCAACAAUCGGUGGGAAAUGUUGAUUCAGAACACUGAAAGUGGAGGCCCGCCGGUGGGCAAGAUUCCUGCAGCUCGAACCAACCACUCCAUGGUGACAUUCAAUGAUAAGAUGUACCUAUUUGGCGGCACAAACGGUUACCAAUGGUUCAACGAUGUCUGGAGCUACGACCCUGCCACAAAUGAAUGGUCACAGCUGGAUUGCAUUGGGUACAUUCCCGUCCCUCGCGAAGGCCAUGCCGCUACUUUGGUCGACGAUGUUAUGUAUAUUUUCGGUGGGCGCACCGAAGAGGGUGCCGACCUUGGAGACUUGGCCGCUUUUAGGAUUACAUCGCGCCGAUGGUAUACCUUCCAGAACAUGGGACCGUCGCCCUCUCCUCGAUCGGGCCAUAGCAUGACGACUGUUGGCAAAGCCGUGGUGGUUGUUGGAGGUGAGCCUAGCUCAUCUCCUGCCAGCGUCGGUGAUCUUGGCAUCGUUUACAUGCUGGACACCACCAAAAUUCGAUAUCCGAAUGAUGCCCAGACCCCACAACAGCCAGCCGGACAACCUCAGCAGCAGAGGGUACAGCAAGCGAGGAGGCCCAGUACCGCAGCUGAGACAAGGAACCUGCUAUCUCGCGACGGCUCCACGGGACCUCCUGAUCAGAAAAGGCUGGUCGGGGCACCUCGUGACCCUUCUGCAGUGAACAGCCCUCCGAAUGGUUACAGGGGCGGACCCAAUGGGACGGAAGCCAGCAACCCAGCUGCUGCUAAUAACAUGUCCAGGGUACCGAGAUCAGCAGCGGCUUCGCCCCCCGCUGGACCACCCCCUCAAGGCCCUACUCCUGCGAAGCCUUCAGUUCAGACUGCGAAUUUGGGUAGGGUCCGUGGGCAGUCAUCGGAAAGAGACGGCUCCGCUGUUGGCUCCCCACAGCUCUCUCAAAAUCAAUCGCCAGUCAUCAGAGAGGUAAAAGAGCCGGCUUCCAAGGACCCAGAGGUGGUCCCAGUAACCAAUGGUCGGCGAACCCCUCAGCACCAAGUCAAGAGAACCGGCUCACAGUCGGAGUCUGUCGCUGCUGAGCCGACCAAGCCUAAGUCAAGGCAAGGUAGCCGCUCUGGAGGCUCGGUUGAUAGCACAACUGAGCCAGCGUUGAAGGCUAUUCAGCCUCAGCCUCAAUCCCAGCCUCAGUCGCAACCGCCACAACAGCAACAGCCGAUAUCAUCACCGCCGCAGCAGCAGCAGCAGCAACUGCAGCAGCAGCAGCAAGUCCAACAAGCGCAAGCGAACCGACCCGCAUCUCCACCCCCACCAACUCGCCAAGCAAGCAACCCACUGUCUCGGAGGUCUUCCGGCCGCAACUCGCAGACUGUAGCUUUACUAAAAGAACUGGACACGGCCAGAAACCGCAAUGCCUGGUAUGCCUCAGAACUUGAGCUUGCGCGAAAGGCGGGCUAUGUUCCCAACGCAAGCCUCAGCCCUGUUCUGGAUAGCAGGGCCGCCGAAACAUUUGAUGACGAGGACAAGCCCCUUAUCGAGGCGCUUUUAGCCAUGCGUACUGAGCUAGCUAAUGUUCAGGCCUCGAUCGAUAAGCAAGCCGUGCUCGCUGCGAAGCAGAUCGCUGAAGCUGAGAAACAGCGAGAUUCGGCUAUUCAAGAAGCCGUUUAUGCCAAGGCCAAGCUCGCUGCUCAAGUAGGCGGCAGCGUUGCAAGCACGCCUCAACUCGAUGGUGAACGCGAUGUGGAUGAUCGUUCGACCGAGAUUAGCCGUAAGCUGGCAACUGCCCUCAACUAUCAAAAGGAUCUCCAAGCUCAGAUGGAAAUGCUUAAAUCUGAACUCGAGGCCGAGAAGCGUGCUCGACAGUUGGCUGAUGACACCACAAACGCUUCACAAAAGCGCAUGAGUGAGCUCGAAUCAUACAAAACCAUGACUUCGACGGAGCUGGAACAGCUAAAGGCUGAGUUGCACAUGGUUCAGAAAGAGGCAAGAGAGCAGGCGGUUCAGUACACCGAAGCCAUGGCGUCCGUACAGUUUCUCAAAGUCGAAAAGGAAGACUUUGAGAAGAAAUACAACGAAUCGGUUGGCAACUCGAAGGAACAAAAUGACACAUUUGACUCCCUGCGCGAAGCAAUGGCCGCAUCUGCAGAGAUGAAGUCACAUCUUGAAAGCAAGCUGGAAGAGGAACGCUCGCAACGGGAGAAGCUUGAGUCUAAGCUGAACAAACUAAAGGCUGAGCACGAGACUCGGACGGCUGAACUUGUAGCGGCAACCCAGCGACUACGCGAUGCCGAGGAGCUUGCUGAGAAGCAUGCCAAUGAGGCUAGAACACAUCGACAGGCUGUUCUCGCCGGUUUUGACAAGGUUUCUACCAGGGAUCUUGGGGCUGAUACCAAGGCUGAUUCAGAGAAGCUUAAGGCUCUUCAGGGGCAGCUCAAUGCUGCCAAUGCCUUGGUUAAGAAAUACCAACAAGAGGCGGACUCCGCCGCCGACAAGCUCCGUACUGCCGAGGAGCGCAUUGCUGGUUUGGAAGUCUAUCAGGAGCAGUCUAGUCGCGAGGGCGUAGCCAUCAGAAGACAACUGCAAGCGGCUUUGAGAGAUACCCAGUCUCUGCAGGCCAAGAACUCGGAUCUGAAGCACCAACUUCAAAACCAGCAGCUGGAAACUAACGCGAUGACGGUUCAGCACAACACAUUGAAGGAUAUCCUCGUUGAGCGUGGUAUCAGUCCUACGAACAUGGCCCGUACUCGAAGCAUUGGAAGUCCUCGCGUAAAUACCCCUGAGCAAGCACGCAUCCGCGAUCUUGAGGACCAGCUUACCGCCGCAACCACUGCGCAUGAAGAAAGCUCCCAACGCGCAGCCGCACAACAAGAGGCUACUGAAGCAGCUUAUCGCGAGAAGCUCACUCAGCUCGAGAACGAUUACCAGUCUGCUGUCCAUUACGUCAAGGGCACCGAGAAGAUGUUGAAGCAGCUCAAGGAGCAACUCGCUAGAUACAAAACGGAGAACACUCGUCUCAAGUCCGAGAUUGAGGAGCUCGAAGAGCGUGUUGAGGCUUCAGCCUCAAAUGUCGGAGGAGCCGCUCCUGCCAACUGGGAGAGCGAACGCCAUAUCUUGCAGGAGAAAAUUGAAAGCCUCGAGGAGGAUCUCCAGGCCUCAACCGAAAAGCUUGAGAACCAGUUGAACGCGGUUAGGAAGGAGUUGGAUGAGACUAAAAAGCAGCGCGAGGGCGCUCUUAAGGAUGCUGAGGAGGCUUCCCGUAAGCUGGGCGCCAACCGCCGAGAUUUGGAAGAGCUCCAACAGGAGAACGCUCUUUUGGAGCGCCGAGCUCAAGACGCCGAACAGAAGGUCUCGCUUCUUCUAGACCAAGUCGAAUCAUCGGUUGACAGCUACCGCCGACAAAGUAGACAAGCGCCUAGCAUGACCUCCGAAGCAACUGUAGGAGGUACCAACGGAAACAGUAUAAGCCACCAGCGACAGGAUAGCUCGGAUGCGGAUAGCAACUAUGGUGGCGUAUCUGGCGGUGUCGAUGGGCGCAACAGCACUGCCUUGGACAAUCUGGCUAACGAACUCGAGACCCUGCGCACCCACUUGGAGGCCACCAACAAGAACUACCGACUAAGCAACACCUUUGACUUCGAGGGCACCGCGACCCCAACGAGGAAAGAUGAAGAGGUCGGACUCGGCCUCAGCGAGAGCCUUGCCGACUGGCGAAAGCGUCUCGAUGUCGACGAACAGACGGAGAAUGAUCGAACCAAGACCAAAAGCCGACCCGAUCGGCCUUAG